AUGUCGGUGAGGCUGCGCUUCCUGUCCCCGGGGGACGCGGGCGCCGUGGGCGUCGUGGGCCGCAGCGCCUCCUUCGCCGGCUUCAGCAGCGCCCAGAGCCGGAGGAUCGCGAAGGCACACAGUAGGAACUCCGUGAGGGCGCGGGCGUCCGCCAAGCCGGCCAGGAUGUACGGCACCCUGAGGAAGGGCCCCGUGUGCCCCGACCCCAGGCCCCAGCAGGUGAAGAAGAUCUUCAAGGCACUGCGGAGAGGCCUCCAGGAGCACCUUUGUGCCCAGCAGGCGGAACUGGAUUACCUGUCGGGCUGCCACAGUAACACACACAGGAACUCCCGGCUGGCUUUCUAUUAUGACCUGGACAAGCAAACCCGCGCCGUGGACAGGCACAUCCGGAAGAUGGAGUUUCACAUCAGCAAGGUGGACGAGCUCUACGAAGGCUACUGCGUCCAGUGCCGCCUGCGGGCCGGAGCCGCCAACAUGCAGCGCGCCUUCUCGGGGGGCCCGGCCAGCCGCGCGUCCCGGGACAGCCUGCAGGAGCUGGGGCGUAGCCUGCAGGAGUGCGCCGAGGACAUGUGGCUCAUCGAGGGAGCCCUGGAGGUGCACCUGGGCGAGUUCCACAUCCGGAUGAAAGGCCUGGUGGGCUACGCGCGCCUCUGUCCCGGAGACCAGUACGAGGUGCUCAUGCGCCUGGGCCGCCAGCGCUGGAAGCUGAGGGGCCGGAUCGAGUCUGACGACAGCCAGACCUGGGACGAGGAGGACAAGGCUUUCACCCCGACCCUGCACGACAACCUGGAGAUCAAGGUGACGGAGCUGCGGGGCCUGAGUUCCCUGGCUGUGGGUGCUGUGACCUGCGACAUCACCGACUUCUUCACGACCAGGCCGCAGGUCAUCGUGGUGGACAUCACCGAGCUGGGCACCAUCAAGCUCCAGCUGGAGGUGUUGUGGAAUCCACUGGAUGCCGCCGACAGCUGCCUGGGAACCCCCAGCCCAGCGAGCAAGUCCUCCUUGGGUGGCAGAAAGGGGUCUCUGUACAACUGGACGCCCCCCAGCACCCCCAGUUUCCGGGAGAGGUACUACCUGUCUGUCCUGCCGCCACUGCUGCCGCUGCCAGCCAUGCCCAGGGCCACGUCCCUCCUCAGCUACCCGUCGGACGGAGACCUCGGCCCAGCGAGCCAGGGGCCGCCCGAGAUGGGUUCCUUCAGCUCCGAGGACCCCCGGGACACAGAGACCAGCACAUCGGCAUCCACCCUGGACGUGGGCUUCCUGCCCUCAGCCAUCGGCCCCGACCCCCCCGUCGAAGAGGGGCCCCUGGACAGGCCCCCAGCCCCGGGUCUCCUGCCGGACAUCGGUGACCUGGCCGGGUGCUCCUGGACACAACAGCCUGGCUGGAGGAUGCUGGACGCCGAGAGCCCCCCGCUCCAUGACCACCCCGACCUGGGGAGCGGCCACGAGGACGCAGAAAUGGGGGACGGAGAGGACGGGCCGGGGGCGGCCCUCGAGGGGCCCCUGCAGGAGGUCCUGGACUUGCUGGGGUCCAUGGAGCCCGCCCCGCCCCCACUCCGGGAGCUGCAGAAGCAGGUUCUCGGCUUCCGGGAGCGGCUGAAGCCCCGCGUGGCCGGUCCGGAGCGCGCCUCGACCGAGAGCCUGGUGGAAUGCAUCCUGGAGAGCUUUGCCUUCCUCCACGCAGACCUGGCCCUCCGGACGGCUCACAGGCUCGCUCGAUUCUCCGGACUCAGAAAGGACAGGACCCCAACCCCAGCGCCGUCGCCGAGUGCAUGCAGGGAGCUCCCGGCCAGCACCCCCGAGCUGGACACGCUGCUCGAGGUCCACCUGCAAGUGUGCAAGGAUCUGCUGCAGAAACUGGCCUCCCCCAACCUGUCGAGGAUAGUCCAAGAGUACCUGCUGGAAGAGGCGGUCCAGCAGAAGCAGGUCCUGGAGACGCUGUCCGGGCUGGACUUCCGGAAGGCCCGCCAGGCGACAUCCAUCGAAGAGAUCCUCCCCCAGGCCACCCGGAGGAAGGGGUGUCUGAAGCUGUGGAGGGGCUGCACGGAGCGCGGCGGGGUCCUGGCCUGCCCCGCCCCCACGCUGCUCGGCCAGCUCAAGAGGACGUUCGUGCACAGGGUGCGCGGGAAGUACCCAGGACAGCUGGAAAUAGCGUGCCGCAGGCUGCUUGAGCAGGUGUUGAGCUGUGGGGGGCUGCUCCCCCGGGCCGGACUCCCCGAGGACCAGACCGUCACCUGGUUCCAGUUCCACGGUUACCUGCUGCGGCAGAGGGUGGCCGACCUGGAGAAGCACUUUGCCCAGCUCACCAAGGAAGUGACGCUCGUGGAGGAGCUGCAGUGCGCCCGGCAGGCCAAGGCCCUCGGGAAGCUGAGGGGCAGACGGCUGGGCCGGCUCCAGCCCCUGCCCCAGACCCUGCGCGUCUGGGCGCUGCUCCAGUUGGACGGGCCCCCGCACACCUGCAGGAAGGCCAGCGCCCGCCUGGCCAGCGCUGCACGACACAGGAGCUUCCGGGAGAAGGCCUUGCUCUUCUACACGGAUGCCCUGGCCAGCGAAGACACGCGGCUGCAGCAGGCGGCCUGCAUGGCGCUGCAGCACCUGGGGGCCGUCGAGAGCAUUGAGCAGAUCGCCAGCCUGUGCCUGUCGGAGCUGGAGGCCGUGCGCUCGGCGGCGCGGGAAGCCACGCUGUCCUUCGGGGAAAAAGGCCGCCUCGCGUUUGAGAAGAUGGACCGACUUUGCUGGGAGCAGAGAGCAGCGGCCUUCAGCCAGGAGCCAGACGUUGAAAUCACAGUAUUUUAA